AUGGCCAAAAAAAAGGUUUCCUUGGUUGAUGUGGAUAAAAACUACAUUGACACCCCAUCACAGAACAAGGAAUUUGAGUUCCAAACCAAGAAAGUGUCCUUGAGAACAAGAUACCCAGCUGAUGAACUCUUUUUCAAAGGAAAACUCCUUCCUCUUAACCUUCUUCCUCGCGUUCAAAUGGUUGAAAAGCUCAUUGAGAAUGCCGAUGCCACCACACCUCUCCAAGCUUGGACCAUCUCUCCCUCAGAAUCACGCAAGACCAAGCGAUUCAGGCUGGCUCAAAGGCUUAAAGCUUCAAAAACUUACGUAAAAACUUUGUUCAACAAAUAUGGUUGCUAUGAUAAUAGUUGUGCCAAUGAUGCCGCAACAAGCCAUAAGAAGAACGUGAAGGAUGAUGCUAGGAAAAACAAAAACCCAUUUGAGUUUUUUGGCCACAACAAGCAUCAAAGGCAAAGAUCUUGUGUGGUUAAGAACAAUGAUGAUAUGCUUGAAGAUGGCUUCAUUAAUAGCAAUAAAAGGUCAUGCGAGUUGCAAUUGUUAAAUAAGAGUACCAGGGCAGAGCAAGAAAAUUCAAUUAAUAGUGCCAUCUCUAAUUGUAAGAAGUCACAACAACAGGGAAACAUAGAGGGUGUUACAGAAGGUGCUGAGGAAGAAGAGCAGAAUAGAAGGGAAGAAGAAAGGGAGGUGCAAGAAGAAGGAAGGCCCAAGAGGAAGAUCCUGAAGCCCAAGUACUUAAAGGAUUACGUUUAA